AUGUGCAAGACAAAGAUGAUGCAUUUGUCUGAGGAGACAGCUGUUAGUUCUAGUGUUAUGAAGAUACCUUAUGCUGCAUUAUGUGUGAUAAUGGUGGUGCUCCUGAGUGAAGCGCACCUGACAAAGGCAGUGACAUGCAGCCCUCUGGAGCUGAGCUCUUGCUUUGCUGCAAUCACCUCAUCAGCACCCCCAUCAAGCAUGUGCUGCAGUAAGCUGAGGGAGCAGAGGCCAUGCCUAUGUGGGUACAUCAGGGACCCGAAUCUCAGUCAGUAUGUUAACUCAGCCAACGCCAGGCGAGUUGCUAGUACCUGUGGUGUUCCAUUUCCCAACUGCUAA